UCGGUUCUUACAGUAAGCCCCUGGCUUACCCCACGACCCACCCCCGUUUCCUUGCCCAAAGCCCCUUUUCGACGCGUCGUAUAUGGGUCCUUGCCCAAAGGUCGCGAGCUGUGCUUGUUCGUCAUCUUCUACACGGUUGCUGUCAUCUUGAUAGUGUUGAUGUUCGAGCUGUGCAUGCCAGUACUAUUCAAUCCAAAUUAUCCUGACAUGGAAUGA